GCCAGAGCAUGGAGGAGCUUUGCUACAGCUUCGAGGAGGGAGGCCCCAGUGCGGAAUCUCUCCUCUGGGAGCCGGCAGAUCCCGAUGCACCACUGGAGAACUUUCUCCUGGAGUGCCUGGCGGAGCCCUCAUGGCCAGGGCCGGGUGGUACUGAGCUGGACAAGCUCCCAGCCCCGCCAGAGCAGCCCCGGCAGCGCCGCGCCGCCAACCUGCGGGAGCGCCGGCGCAUGCUGGGCCUCAACGCGGCCUUCGAGGCCCUGCGGGGCUGCGUGCCCACCUUCCCCUACGAGAGGCGGCUGUCCAAGAUCGACACGCUGCGCCUGGCCACCGCCUACAUCGCCCUGCUCGGGGACAUCCUCCUGUCCGGCUGCCACCCCCGGGCCUACGUGGAGCAGUGCCUGAGGAGCGGCGCCCCGGGCCUACAGCGGGCGGCCUGGAACACCAGCGAUCUGACAGCCCGCCUGUCCUGGGUAAAGUGGGAUUAAGGAGAGGCCUUUAAAGGCAGGAAAACCUGGAGUGCUGGGUACCAGCUGCUCAAUUCCCAGAGCAUUUCCCCACCUCAUUUCCAGCACCCAGCCCCUCUCUCCGCUGAUUCAUUGCUUCUUGGGGCCUCCUGCUUCUCUUUCUCACUCUGAUAGACCUGCACUCGCUGAAGAACAGCAAAACAUUGAGAACCAGUGCCAGCACAACCACAGCCCCAACAUUUUCCCUUCCACUGGAUGAGGAUUAUGUCCAAAUCCCAUUUCCAGCACGUGAGAAACAAGAUUAUAAGAAAAAAAACUAAGCAACACCUGUGAAAAUCUUUGCUUAAGAUAUCCAGGGUGAUGGUUGUGAGAGUCACCAGGGAUUCAGAGACCAUGAAAGUCCAGGAGGUGAGACAUGGCUCUGUAGAUAUCCAAAAUUUUUCAUGUCCGCACAGAAUCCCAGAAAGGUUUGGGUGGAAGGCACCUUAAAGCUCAUUCAUUCCCACCCCCUGCCAUGGGCAGGGACGCCUUCCACUAUCCCAGGGUGCUCCAAGCCCCAUACAACCUGUCCUGGGACAUUUCCAGGGAUCCAGAGGCAGCCACAGCUUCUCUGGACGCCCUGUGCCAGGGCCCCACCACUCUCAGUCUGAAACCAUUCCACCUUAAUGUUCUUUAUCGUGGUAGUUUAUAGCAGGAAAGAAAAUAAAAUGUAUUUAUUAUUUAUCAUUCUCCUUAGUUCAUCUCGCAUCUCUAAGAAGAAAAAGCACGUCAGGAGCUGAGCUUUUGCUCUGGUUCUGGCUUUGGGGAAAGUGAAGAGGGGCCUUAGAG